AUGAAAAAGAAGAAAAAAACAGAUAAGGAUGUGGUCCUGGCAAACAAGGGAGCUUUGGGUAAGGCCUGGAAAACAAACACACACUCACUCGCACACUCUUUAUCAUGGCUGUAUUGACAGUAGUGAUUAUUCCUGUCAUAUCACUGAGGGUGAGGCCAACCCUUGUCAAACAGUUACUUGUUAAACACUUUGACAUGAACAUGACUUCCUGUUCUAUGAUUGUGGGUCGUUCAGGUUUUCAAGUACAACACAGAUCAUCAUCAUCAUCACUCAUCACAGGAUAUUCUUGUCUCUGUUUAUCUAGUGUUCCCAAACAGAUCGACUGUAAUUAUUCAGAUAUAGUUAUUUCCCUUUGGGUUUAAAAUGUUUCUACAUACAACCGUAUGAGUGUGGAAAUAAUCUGCUAGAUCUUUAACUUCUUAUUGACUUGUUGAAAGCUUCCAACACUGUGUAAUAGACAUCACCUCUGCUUUACUUGAAAUAAUAAAAGGCAUGCCCCAGGGCUCUGUUUUGGGACCACCAGAGUCCCCAAUGCAAAUGUAUAUUUAUAUGCAGAUGAUACAGUUAUUUACUGCUCAAAAACAGCAUCAGGCACCCACCAUCUAUCACUACAACUCUCUGCUUGUGUGUGCGUUUGGACAGAUAGUGAAGUAGAGGGACCUUCUGAAGAGGCCAAUCUGCUGGAGCUGGAGGGAGAAAACGCUGAAGAACAACCAGAACCCACUGCAGUCAGGACCAGAAUUAUACCAGACACAAAGAGGUAUGAAUGAACACAGUGUAUAUCUGAUUUGCUGCAUCUAGAUAGAGAUAAUAAGUGUGUAAAAAUAAAGUGAGAAAUAUCUACUGAUGCACUGCAUGUUGGUUCAUAUUGGUGCAAUUGAGAAUAUGGAGUGUUAUUCAAAUGUGUCAAUAAUGAUCAGAACCAGUACAUCAGAAAUUUGGAAAAGCAAAUCUAUUCUUUAGAAUGAUCAGUUUAUGUUAAACUCAGGCUUUUACGUAGUCAAAUCAUGUAUGUUUUUGCUAUGAUUAGUCACUUAAAUACUCGAUUUAACUUCCACAGAACCAAACUGAAAACUCAAAUCCAGGACAGUGAAGGGAAACCACAAAGCUUUCAGGUGACAACUAACAGGUCCCAUGAUAGAUAAACAGAAUAUGCGCAAAACAUUAAAAACAAUACAGAGAAAAUGAUAACUUUUUUAGCACUGGAACAUUGAGUAAAUUGUAUGUAACUUUCCAUCUAUAUCGCAGAUUGCCAUUAACAUAACAGAGGCGAGACAACUGGUAGGAGAAAACAUCGACCCCAGUGUGGUGAUCGAGAUCGGUGAUGAGAAGAAACAAACAUCUGUCAAAGAGGGGACCAAUGCUCCCUUUUACAAUGAGGUAAAUUAGAGCAAGUAAAACCCUGCAAAUGAUCUUUAUCAAGUUUACUGUAUAUGAUUAAUCUAAUUAUCUUAUUCCCCCUCAUUUCAGUACUUUGUGUUUGACUUCUUUGCCCACAAAAAUGUGUUUUUCGACAAAGUCAUCAAGCUGACAGUAAGUAUCAGUUUAAGUCUUCAUAGGUACAUAAUAGUUAUAAUCUGUAUGUAUAUGAGAUAACACAUUUGGAUUUCUGUAAACCUCACUAUCAUCACCAUCUUUGGCAUGAAUGUGUUUUUGUUUGCUUGCAGCCUUGGCUUGUCAGGUUUUAAAGUAACCAGCUCAUCAAUUUACAGCCAAUGUCAUUGCAUUCCUCGUUGAUGUACAGAUCCAAGCUAUAAAUAUCAGUCACUAUGCAGAUGACACCAUUGUUUUCAGAGAACAUCUUUUCAAUCAACUUCUGCAUCUUUGAAAAACGCAGUAUUUUUUGUGACCCAGUGGACAUUAUUUAAAACAUUGACCUCUGCAUCUUGGUUUAAGGCUUUGUUGCGUUUAGUGUUAAUUCAAGUUUUUGCCCUUGGAUUUGCUGAGAUGUACUUUGUUGUCAAAAGGCAUCACAAAUGAGUUGUGAGUUUGUGCAUCUUUCUCUUUCACCAGGUGAUGCACUCAAAAAUGUUGAGGAGUUUCUGCAUUGGGUCCUUCAAGCUGGAUGUGUGGACUGUCUACAAACAGCCAGGUAGCUCAUCUCUGUCUGAAACAUCUCUAAGUUUACCUUGAGAGGAGGUUACCAGAGCUCACCUGUACUUACAAAAUAAUGCCAGAGCAGCCUUCAAAUGUCAAUACAUGUUUUAACUUGAGUUAUCAUAUUUUUUUAACCUUCAUAAGUUCUGUUGCAACCUCAUCAAGGUACACUUUGGAGAAAUAUCAUGUACAACGAAAUCAAUGAUACUCUUUGACUGAUUCACAUUUCAUUUGUUUUACAUUAAGAUUAUGGCCCCUCUCUUUCUUUCUAACUCCCUCAGGUCAUCAGUUCAUCAAUAAGUGGGCCAUGUUGACCAAACCUGGCGACACCAGCACUGGGGUCAAAGGUUAUGUGAAGUGCGAUAUCAGCGUCUCAGCAAAGGGAGACGUGAUGCAGCCCGGACAAAAAGCAAGUGAUGCUGAGGAGCAGAUAGACAAGUAUGAUACCUGUCUUUGAAAUGGGGUUUUCUCAGUUUCUGGCUUGUCUUUCAGAUAUUGAAAACAGAGUAUCAGGGGGAUAGUUUUUUUUUUGGAAACCCAAGAUGCUAAACAUGCUAACUUCUUUAAUUUUGAAUCAAACUACAUAAAUAUCUUGCAAAAUGUCCAACCAUCCCAAAUAUCAGGCUGAAAUACGAGGAAAAAUGUGAAAAGAAGACUGACAUGCCAAAAACAUUCUGAUGUUCAACUUAAUUUUUAAUUCAGGGCCAUUGAAUCUCUUCAUAUGCAGAUGAUACUCUGCUAUUUUUUGUUAGUUAUGGCCCUUUCAUGCUGUGUGUAUUAAAAGCAAAUUCUUUCAUUCAGAGUUUGCAAUCUAACAUAUUGCUACACUUAAUAUGCAGAUGAUACUCUCCUAUUUUUCAUUAAUAUUUGAUAUUAGAUCUUUAGCCUCUAAAAGGCACAUUCAAUUUUUGGUGAAUACUUAUCCAUGGUAGACCCGUAUUAGGUCUGUGAUCAUUACUCCAUUAGAGAAAUAUACCUAUAUAUACAUAUAUAUAUACAGUAUAUACAAAUAUAUCCUAUAUGGUGGGGGGUUUUUUCUAUCAGGAAUCUGCUGGUACCGGAGGGUUUACCUGCUGAGCGACCCUGGGCUCGUUUCUAUGUAAAGGUGUACAGAGCUGAAGGCCUCCCACGCAACAACUCCAGCAUUAUGGCGAAUGUCACCAAGGCCUUCAUAGGGGACAACACAGCACUCAUAGACCCCUAUGUGGUGGUCAGCUUCUUCAAACAAAUGGUAGGUUGUGAAUAAACCACUGGUAAAAGAUGUUUUACUAUCUAGAAAUUUUAAACCAAUGAACGUGUUGCUCUCAAUCCUGCAGAAACUUUUGGACAACCUUUUGAAAGGAUGUCAAAAGUACAACUAUUCUGGGUAUUUCUUUCUUGUAAUCUUAACUUUUUACUUUGAAUCCAUUUCCACUCAGGGUCGCACAUCUACGCAAAAGUCCACAGCAGACCCGGUGUGGAAUGAACAGAUCGUCUUCAUAGAGAUGUUUCCACCUCUGUGUCAGAGACUGAAGCUCCAGGUCUGUGGGGGAAUGACCCUCUUCUCAUUUUACUACUAUUUAAUUUUUUAAAAAGAAGCAAAACUUAUGAGUAAAAAGGUAAUGUGAUUCUUGUUUCCAUCUCCUUUUAGGUCUGGGAUGAGGGAAACAUGAGUGAUGUUGCUAUUGGAACCCAUUACUUUGACUUGAGACGCAUUUCAAAUGAACAGGAUGGUGACAGAGGUAAGGACACACUUGAGCAGGUAACAGAGAAGAGAGAAAGUUAUUUUGAAUUUCAGAAGAAGACAAACUUUUUAACAUUUUGACACUGUUUCAUCUAUGUUUUGUAAAUUUGUUUUUCUCCAGGGUUUUUACCAACGUUUGGUCCAGCUUGGAUUAAUAUUUAUGGUUCUGCCAGGAACUUUUCUCUGGGUGAUGACACAGGAGAGCUCAAUGAAGGCAUUGGGGAGGGUGUGUCCUACAGGUCAAUGUCUAAACUGUUCUUCAGUAUUUCAAUCAUAAAUUUUCAUUUUCAUAAACAUUUUUGAAAAACUCAAACCUGCUGCUUUCAGGGGCCGAGUCUACAUGGAACUGGCAGUGGAGAUCCUGUCAGGGGGGACAGGUUCAGAGUCCAAACUCACCAAAAUGAUCAAAUCUGUGAAGGAUCCUAAAGCAGGAAAAGCUGGAGGGAAGGACGGUAAGGCGGCUGCAGGAGCGGCAGCUGGAGGAGCAGCUGGAGGAGCUCCUGAAGAUGACAAAGGAAAACCCGCGCCAGCUGAGGUCAUGCCUGUGGACAACCCUCCUGUGGUAAAAAAAAAAACUGUUUCUCAUAGCACCCUUAUUCCUAACACUAAGUCUGUCAGGUGCUCUGUUGAAAAAGUCAAGGAGGAUCACAUGCAGAAAUAUUGGUGUUUGUGUUUCAGCUGAAUUUAGACAACCAGAAGAAAUUUUUCCUGUUUGGAGCGUUGUUCGAAGCCACGAUGAUCGACAGGAAGAUCGGAGAUAAACCAAUCACCUUUGAGUUCUCCAUGGGUGAGUUGCAAAACCACAAUUUACCUUUAUAUUAAAGCAUUAAGCCACAUUACAGACAGUGUUGAGAACUGAAAGAUAUCAGUGUAACUGUAGUGAACCUUUCUCCUUCUGUAGAUGAUAAACUCUCUUAUUUUUCUACCAGGAAACUUUGGUAACAGUUUUGAGUCUACGGGUGCUCCUCCUCCAAGUCCGUCCUUGAGUCUGAAAAGUCCCAAAAGUCCCAGAAUCCUGAAUAUCCAAGACAAGGGGGACACAUCUGGCUCCACUCUCAGCACCCCAACCUCCCCGUCCACCCCUCUUUUACCCAAAGAAACCAUCCCACUGACCUCCAAGUCCACCACACCUCCAGAGAAACCACUCAUCGUCGAUGGAAACAAGUUGAGUCUGGAAAAUGUUUCUGAAGUUUUCUUAUAAACAGAUGAUUUUAAUGUUAGUGCCUCUUAAAGCCAAGGAUACAUCUACACUGAUACUGUGUUAUCUCCACCAACCUCUGAGAAGGCUGUGAAAGUACAACAAAGACAAAACUGCGGCUGUUUUAGGACAUUUCACUAUGCAAUUGCUAAAAUGUAAAAGAUGCAAAAAAAAAAAGGUGGGUUUUUACAUUUAUGUGUUUUGCACAUUUAGGUUCUACAUGUAUCUACCUCUGGAGAAGCAGAAACCUUGUAUUAACGUGAUGAGCCACUGGGAGAACAGAACCUACAGACUGUUCAACUCCAACAUGCUGGAAAACAUCGCUGCUCUGUUUGUACGUGUGCAAUAAUCCAAACACAACAAUGUUUUACUUUUCAGAUUUGAUCAGGAUUUUUUUGCAUAUGACAAAUUUGGGUUAUUCUAAAGGACACUUAGUUUGAAUAUGUCCGCGAUGUUGAUUUUCAGGAGGAGGGCGUGAAUGUUGCAACCGAACUUCAAAAGAAGUCGGAUCCGGGGGCGGAGCCAAAGCUUAAAACCACCCUCAAAGAAUUCUGCAUGGACGCCAGGUAAAGUAAUGAACCAAUCAGACCAGGAGACGACCUUUUGUUUCUCAAGACAAAAUGAUGGGAUGUAAAAACAAUAGAGGCUGGUUUUUUUUUUUAACAAACCAGAUGAUGUUUUUCUGUUAAAAUAAGACUGGACAACUGCACUUAAAGCACUGGUGAGAAAGGUGAAUUUCUUACCAUUGCAUGCCUCUGACUGUUUACAUUUCCUUUGCUACCUCACCAAAAUAAGACAAACUGCUCUGUCUACAGAGGUUAUCGUGUUUGACCCGAACUGAAAAUUGCUUAAAAAAAAAGAAGUGUUGUAUUCAUAUUUGUUUUUCUGCAGGAGUUUCAUCAAAGUAGCAGAGGCGAAGUUGAAGGCAGAGUUGAAAUCAAACUAUCUGACCCAGCUGGACAAGAAACGUCUCACCAUGUGCAAACAGGAACUGGUGGGGGAAUCUCAUUUCAAUGCAUGAAAAACCUGCAUAAUGUCACUUAGAAAAAGAUUUUAUGUUAUUUUCUGCUGUUUUGGUUUUAGUUCUACAAAGCUGUUCACAUUCAGACCUGUUAAUCUUUUUACAAUCAGCACUGGAAGUGGUUAGCUUCAAUGCUCAAUAUAGGAGUAAUAGAUUUUAAAGGUGAGCAGUUCAAAUGAAUGUGAUAUUCUGACUAUGCGCAUGUUUUCCAGGAGAGUAUGAUUGAGGAAGCCGAAGCUUUGAAAGACCGAAAGAGAAAAGUCAGUGGAGUGAAGGGAAUGCUGCAGAGUGUAACGAAGCUCACCAAAAAACUGCGCUUUCUUGUGCAGGAGGUAUGAGACUCCCUGUGUCUGUCUGUGUCCUGCUGCACACAUCACACUUUUUAAGUUUAAGUAAAUCUCUUUGGUUUUUUUUACUCCUCUGCACGUCCCCACAAACAUCAGCCUCAGCACACUGUACCUGAUGUCUUUGUGUGGUUGUUGAGCAACAACAAGCGUGUUGCAUACGCUCGGAUCCGAGCCAGAGAUCUGCUGUACUCCAGUGAGGAGGAGUCCAGAGGAAUCCACUGUGGCAAGAUCAUAACUCUGUAUUUAAAGGUAAAUACGCACAGGACUUAACCUUAAAACAACCGCCUAAGUAGAAGGUGCAGAAAAACCUGAGUUUGUGUGUUCAGAAUCCAGGAAAGCGUGUUUCCGGCCUGACAGUUCAAGCGAAAAUUGAUGUGUAUCUUUGGCUUGGAACCUGUGAUGACGCAGUCAAAAUGCUGGAUGACCUGCCAGCAGGAUUCACUCCAGCCACAGGAGGUGCUAAUGCUAGUAACCCUCCAUCACACCUGAUCAGUGCAGGUACAGUUUCUCCAGUUAAGUUAUUUUUUUGGUAUUUUGUCCUUGGAUUGAUGUAUAGCUCAUCCCCUCCUCAGGAGGUUCUGGUUUACCUUUCGGAAUAUCAUAUUUACCUUUGUAAUUAAAAACAUCUUUUGUGCUAAAUUUGCACUGUGACUUAUUUAAAACUUGAAGUUCUAUAAUGUGUGCUUGUCUUUGUAUCUCCAGAGCAGAAUCAGUUCCAGUUGAGGUGCCACAUGUAUCAGGCUCGUGGUUUGAUUGCUGCAGACAACAGCGGGCUCUCUGACCCUUUUGCCAGAAUCACUUUUCUGUCAAACUGCCAAACCACCAAUGUAAGUGUGGAGUAAUUGAUGUGUGUGUGUGCUUGAGACGCUGUGCUUCUUUUCUGUUUUAUAUAACUUUUAGGAAGGCAGUAAGUAUGCUAUGAUGUAUUGACUUACUGUAAAAUCCACUCACUCCUUAAGAUUGAUAGCUUCCCAACCAAUAAACUGUGUAUUUCUGUGAUAUCCAGGGGUUUCUCUAUCUCACAGAAGAAAUCAGUGUAUGUUCAGAGACUGUCUAGAUUCCUCAAAAAAAUUAGUCUGUGAUAAUUCAAGUAUAAAUUUAGUGAUAAAGUGGGAUUUCUGUUUUUAAGGCUUGUUUUAAAAUUAUGAGUGUUGACACAGAAAACCUGUUUAGGUCGGCUUUUUUCUACACAGAGAAAUCCUCAGAAAUCAAUAAGAGAAUAAAUAUCAUCAUCAAUUGUAUCGUACUGGAUCAUAAUGCAUUGAAUCAUAAGUACUAUAUCCAAUCAUGUUAAAGUGUAUCAUGCUGUAUUUUAUUGUAUCAUAUCGUAUCAAAUCAUACCGUGUCUUGACAUAAAAUAGCGUAGCUUAACAUAGCAUAGCGUGACCUAGCGUAGCACAGCCUAAUACUGUGUAAAAGGCAUAAAGUUACGCAUCGUACUUAAUAUUUUAUGAACUUAUUGUAUCUUAAUUAUCAUAUCGUAUUAAAUCUCGUCAUAUUGUACAAUAUUGUAUCGUAUAAUUUGAUAUAAUCGUACAAUUUUCUGUUGAAUUGUACUGCACAGAAGUACUUCCAAUGGUGUUGCACUGUUGAGUUUUUCUUGUUUCCUGUUCCAUUAACUGUAUUGCUCUUUAUAUAAUAUCUCAAACGGAUCCCUUUGCACCUCCAAAGGUUGAGCAUAGCUAUGUGUUGUAUGUGUGUGUUAUAUACGUGUGUCUUUCUUUAAGGUGAUCAAUCAAACUCUCAGUCCAACAUGGAACCAGAGUUUGCAGAUGAGCAGCCUUCACCUGAGUGGAAAUCUGCAGUACAUCAAAGCGGAGCCGCCGCGCAUUGUCAUCGAGGUGUACGAUGAUGACGCUGUGGUAUGAAUCAGUACUUCAGUCAAAGAUUCAUGAUUUAUGGUUAAGUUAGAGUUAGAAUAUAUCACUCUCUCUGUUCUGGCCAUGUGCAGGGUAAAGCCGAGUAUCUGGGAGCCACAGUCACAGUCCCUGAAGUCCGGCUAAACUCUGAGCCUUACACACCUCCAACCCUGAAAUACAGCCCUCUGCACUGUGGCAGCCAGACAGGAGGAGACCUGCUGGCUGCCUUUGAAUUGUUGCAGGUUUGUUGUUAUCAUGUUAACAUUUAUGAUAAGGCAAUAUGAAACAAUAAAAAGGUUCAGAUAAUGAGGAGGAAUCACUGUGAUGAAUGUGUAGAUCCCAGAGUCUGGAGAGAAGAGUCUGCCGCCGAUGGAGGAAAAGGGGGGAGGAAUCUACGCGGUCCCUGCUAAUAUCAGACCUGUUCUCAGUACCUACAGGCUGGAGGUUUGACUGCUAGCAUGUAUUUGUGUGUUUUUAGGACAUUACUUAGCCUGUUUAUGUAAAACUGUUAGAACAAGUUCUGAGCUUGCUCCAACCUGGCAACUUGGCAAAAUUAAAAACUAGUGCUUUUGUUUUGUUUGUUUGUAUCUGUUCAACAGGUGUUGUUCUGGGGUCUGAGGGAGCUGAAGAAGGUUCAGUUCUUAACUGUUGACCGCCCUCAGGUACGUGCACAAACAUUAGGGGCAUGAACCAGCUUUGUCUAAUUUUUUUGGCCUCCACUUAAGUCACUAUUUUAUGAAGUAAAUAUAUGAACCUCUGCGGCUGCUGAAUUAACAUCUGGGCUUUACUGCAAGUUAAGGAGAGUAGAGUUGGUUCAAUUUCUGAACUUUCUGUUCUUAAUUUCCUUUAUACAACACAGCUCUUGAUAUAGGUUCAUUUUUAUUGUUAUAGCACAAUAUACAGGAUUACAUGCUUUGUAUGGCUUGGCUUCUCUCGUGCAGUAACUUUUGCAUCCUGUACUGCAUGAGUGUGUGUGUGGUUUUUUUUUUUAAUCUUUCUGUAAGUAGACAUAUUAUACUCAUUUUAACCUUUCAGAGUGACACAGCUUGUGGGCGUUACUUUUUACGCAGCUUUGUAGUCACGAAACAACCCAAACACCUAGCCAUUAGCAUCCAUGUCAGUUGCCCGUUGUGCAUUAGCUAUUGUUACAUCAGCUGCUGAUAUCAUGUUACUUGCAGCUUGUGACUCUGAGUCUCCCUGCAUGACUAUAGAUGGGACAGCACCAGGUUUUAGUCACAGUUUAGAGGUAAAUCCAGUUCAUUCUGGCCUUUGAUGACAAAGAAGUCAUUGGUGAAGUGGUGUGCACAAAUAGAAAAGUUCUGAAGCCUACGUCUUUGGCAAGAGAAAAUUAGACAAACGAUUUGCAACGGUCUGGACAAUCUUCAUGAGGGGAAAUGUGCUGUGAAUGGAGGAUAUGUACAGAGGUUGAAAAACGUAACAGUGGAAAUGCGCUGUGAAAAGCUGAAACUUUUGACUCUCUUCUCUCUCUGCAGGUCAUCAUAGAGUGUGCAGGUAAAACUCUGCGCUCCUCUGUUAUUCAGAAGUACAAGUCCAACCCAAACUUCCCCACACUGGUUGAUGUCAUGGAUCUGGUAGGACACAAUCUAACAUUAAGAAUAAAUCAUACUAUUUUUUUACUGUGAAAAUAUUCAGACAAUGAUGCCGUUUGUGAAUGCAGUUUAGAAAAGACUCUAUGACCUGGGAAUCAACAUUUUUUUUGAGCUGUUCAUCAUUUAAAAAAGUCGUGUUUUACUCUUUUCUGCCGUCCUUCAGGACUUGCCAGAGAAAGAGCACCUCCAUCCUCCUCUCAGUAUCACUGUGGUGGACUGGAGGGCCUUUGGUCGCAGCACUUUGGUUGGGAAUCACAUCAUCAAUAACCUCAAGUCCUUCAAAUAUGUCCCACCGCCAGCCCUGCCUGCUCCUGUACAGGCUCCCAAACGCCGGGUUUCAUACACACCUGAGGUUGAGGCAGCAUUACAGUCACAGUCACAGCCACUGCCACAGCCACAGCCACAGCCACAGCCACAGCCACCGCCACAGCCACAGAGCACUGAAGGUAAAACAUGAGCAUACUGUGUCCUUUUAUUCUUGUAUAGCUACUUGUAAAAACAUAAAAACAGUGUUACAGACUAAAGUUAGGAUUGAUUCAUCCUCGACUUGAGAAGCUUUGGCUUUCCUGAUCUUCAUAUUUCCUUUCCAGAUCCCCAACCAGCAGGCCCAUCUCAGCUCUCUGCAGAGACCAGUUCAGUCGCACCGCUGGCAAAGGAGGACGUCUUGAUCACUGUGGAGGAUGAGCCUCCGCCUCCACCUCCGCCCGGCCUGAAGAAAAAGGAUCCAAAGAAAAAGGUGACAGUUACUGUCUGCAUAACCAGAAAAAUAACCAGAUCCUUUGAGCCAUUUUAUGAACACUUCAGUCAUGUGUUUACUCCAGACCCAGGAGGGAAAGUCAAAAAGCUCUCGACGAUCCACCAAGAGGAGAAAGAGAACGGUAGCUGACGAAUCAGCAGAGUGUGUCAUCGACUGGUGGUCCAAGUACUACGCAUCUGUAGAGAAAGAGGUAGGACUUCUAACUGGGUUCAAACUGAGAAGAACGAGUAAAAAGUAAAAAUGUGAACAUGUGGCUGUUUUUCAGGCCAAACAAAAGGACGGCUCUCUUUUCCCUCAAGUCUUUGAAAAAGGUAAGAGCUCCUCCAAGGAGAAAUUUCACCUCCUGUGUUGAGACUGAUUGCAGAAUGAGAAGAGCAGAGAUUUGGGGGCUGGAAAAGACUUAGAAGAGAGGUGUCACAGAAGUCAAUGCAGCUUGUAUUAUGUUAACACUGUAACCUAUGAGCAUAAAUACUCUCACAUUAUUCUGUGUUGCAGCCUCGGCUUGCGACACCUUGAUAAGUGCUGGAAUAGACUCCUUGGGUAAGGACAAAGACAAGCUAAAAAAACCUGGGUGUCAUGUUAGGGACUUUAACUUUGUGGCAGGAAAUCUUCAGCUGGGUAUCUUGGUUUAUUGAGAACUGGAGACUCUGGAAAAGGGUUAGCUUUCUCUCUGUGGGAUUACUUUGUGAAUCGAUCAGUGCUGUUUUGGAAAGUCUUUUAAGGUUUAACUGUUAGACUUCUGUCUCUGUUUGUGUGGUUUUGUCUCUGCAUGAUUUCCCUCACAGCUCUGUGUGCAGAUUCAUUUGUUUUUUGUGUACUUUCAAUGCCAUAAAAAUUUUAAAUGAAGGUGUGUAUGAUAAAUACAUAGAAAUUCCAGCUUUUGUAAAUGUUCUGUUUGUUUCUUCAGUCAGUCACUCAGAUGGAGACAAGAAGAAGAAGCAACAACAGAAAGGAAAACCAGCCGUGGAUCCCAAACUUGGUGUUCCAGCUAGAUUAGCCACACUGAAGGUGAUCAUUUCAGAAAAUCAGUGAGCGGAUGAGUAUCGAUCACCUCCAUUCGCCUCCACUCUCUGCUCUGUUUAGGACGUUAAAUCACAAAGCAAAUGGCACUUAAUACAUUCAAGAGCAGAAUCAUCCAUAAAGUUGAUCUCUGUGCAGUUUGCUCCAGGGUUGUGAUGAGGAUGAACUGUGAGCAUCUUCAUGCACUGCUAAACAGAGUUGUACUGUGUGCACUUUAGCCCCAACUGGGUUCAAUUCUAUCCACACAUGCCAUAAACUGGAUGGAGAUGACUCUUUGGGUCAUUUUUUGGCUCAUUUAUUUGGCUUAUUGUCUUUUUGGAUCAUUCCUCUGCAGCUGUACACCAAGGAGCUGGAGGCGGAGUUUGGACCUUUUGAUGAUUGGGUGAACACAUACGAGCUGUACAGGGGAAAAGCCAAUGAGGAAGACGGAGGGACAGAUGAGAGAUUUGUGGGUAAAUUCAAGGUGAGACGCUCUUGUGAAAGUUCUUGGUGUGUUUUUAAUUUCAAAAUCAGGGAUUUUCUGUCAUCAAAGUUGAUCUUACCUGCUGUCUGCUCCUCUGCAGGGGAAAUUCUGCCUCUACAAACUGACUGAGGAUGAUGAUGAAGACUUGGAGGAUGCUGCAGACUCCGGGUUCUUAAGAGUCAACAGAGGACUCCCUCCAAACAACCCGGUCAAAGUCCUCAUAAGAGUUUAUGUCGUCUCUGUAAGUCCUCGUUUCCACUGUAAAAGAUUUUAGUCUCAUUUUUAGUUUUCUUAUUUUUAUAUUUUUCAUUUUGUACAUGCCCGUGCAUUGAUUGAGCACUGUGGUGCACCUCUCUGAAUGAUUUUUUAACUCCUUUCACUGCAGGCAUCUAACCUUCACCCUGCAGACCCUGAUGGGAAGGCAGACCCCUAUGUCGUCGUCCGGCUCGGCAAGAAUGAAAUCAAAGACCGAGACAACUACAUCCCCAAACAGCUGAACCCUGUGUUUGGAAGGUAAACAGCUCACCUCUUACACCUAAACCUAAGCUGGAAGAUUUUUUUAAACCCGAGCUAAGACCUCCUCACGCUCCAUCCCUGUAGAUCCUUUGAGUUUCAAGCCACGUUUCCGAAGGAGUCUCUGCUGUCGGUGGUGAUCUACGACUACGAUAUGGUGGGAGGGGACGACCUGAUCGGAGAGACGCGAAUCGACCUGGAGAACAGGUUCUACAGCCGGUACAGAGCCACCUGUGGACUCCCUGCUGAGUACAGCAUGUAAGUCUGGCUAUUAGUUGGAAAUAACAAAUAUAAAAAAAAGUGCUUCACCAUGGUUGAAGUCUUGAUUGUUUCUAUUGUCUCAUUUUAGUAUUAUUUUAUGUUAAGAAACAUAAAAGCUGGACCUGGUUCUGACCCAUUCCUACGAAUGGAUUUACAGGACCAGAUCUGCCAAGAAAUGAGAGGUUGUACUUUGGCCAGAGGGGGCGCCAAAAUCAGUACAAACUAAAAGUCCCUCACAGGCGCUUAAAGCAUUUGAAAAGUGUCAUUUCAGCUGAUUAAACAAAUUCAUCUACAGAGGAAGGACUCUUAUAUUUGGGAAAACUGUUUAAAGGUUCCAUUAAAAAGUUCUGUUUAUUGCAUACAGUCAAAAAUCUCUACCUUUGUCUGUUUUAGUGAUGGUUACAACGCCUGGAGAGACUGUCUGAAGCCGUCAGAGCUGCUGGCCAAGAUGUGCAAAGACAACGGCGUGGAUGGCCCUCACUUCAGACCGGGACGCAUCACAGUGGCCGACAAAGUGUUUACGGGGAAGACGCUGUUCAUGGACGAAGGUGAAGACUGGACAUAAUACACGAGAAAUACUUAUCCAAGUUUAUAGAAUGAGAUUUAUUCGAUUUUUUCUAUAACAUAAACUCACCUCAUGUUUUGUUUUGUUUUUUGAUCACUUUUAUUCUUCAGCUGUAUUAAUGAGGAAUCCUAAAACCGACUUGUUACUAAUCUCCAGGGGAAGUCUUUGAUAAUGGUCUUGUGGUGUGCCUCUUGCCUCAGAUCAGCCUAUAGAGUCCUACGAGCAUUUGUCCCUGAAGAUCCUGCACCGCUGGUCUGAGAUUCCAGGUGUGGGAUGUAAACUGGUACCAGAACACAUCGAGACCAGGACUCUGUUCAACAAGACUCGACCCGGCAUGGAUCAGGUACUUGAGCUGUUAUCCAGUAAAGUACUGUAUGUGAUAACCUGACUGUAUUUUGUGUUAUUUCUAUAGAGGUUAGUGUUUGAAGUUUACUACUUCAAACACUUAAAUGUGUUUUUUGUGUGUAGGGUCAGGUCCAGAUGUGGGUAGACAUGUUCCCCAUGGACUUACCCACUCCAGGACCUUCUGUGGAUAUUUCACCUCGAAAACCAAAAGGGCAAGCGCUUUCUCUUGAUGGUUUAUUGUUGAUAAAAAUACUUUAAGAAGUUAAACUGACUUUUCUAACAUUUGUGUUUAGGUAUGAGCUGCGAAUCAUCAUCUGGAACGCAGAGGAUGUGAUUCUGGAGGACAGCAACUUCCUGACCGGUCAACAGUCCAGCGACAUCUACAUCAAAGGGUAAAAACAAGUUUGCUUAUCUUUGGAGGUUGUCUUGUGUGCUUUUUACUUUGUUUAAAGUGAGGUGAAAUCUUGUGUUAACAGUUCUUAAUUUGCUUUUUCUCUACAGCUGGUUGAAGGGUUUGGAGGAUGAUCGACAGGAAACAGACGUCCAUUACAAUUCUCUGACCGGAGAAGGAAACUUCAACUGGCGCUUUGUGUUCCCUUUCUUCUACAUGCCUGCUGAGAGGGUACAGACCGACAGUCAGAUGAACUUUUGACUCAGAGCAUUUGGUUGUCGUUGUGAUUAUUUAGCUUAUUGUGUUACUGUGCUAUGGGAUUAUCCUCUUUUAGCAAAUAUCCAUAUGGAUUUUUCUUUCCUGUAUUUCCAAGACCUAGAGGUGAAAACUACACUUUGGAAGAAGACAAUUUUAGGUUUUAUAGGUUUUUAUUCCUCUAUUCAAAAAGGAUUGGACUGGUGGCUGACCAAUAUUAGUUUUGUGAUAGCUAGUACCAAAAUAACAGAGCAGAUUGGCUGAUAUAUGAUGCCAGUAUUACCACGUUGCUGUUUUUUUUUCUCUUGAGUUUGACAGAAAAUGUCAGUUUAAUAUGACCAGCAACUGAGAAACAAAAUUUUUAAAGUUGAAUGAACUUUUUUAUAAUAUAGUUGUCAAUGAAAAAUCACCACAAGAGACUAUUGAAUUUCUGUCCAGUCAACUUAAACAAUAAAAAAAGAAAAAAACACAAAUAAAUUAUGCAAUUUAAAUUAAAAAAAACCAUUAGCGAUGGAUGAAUUUUUAAUGAUUUGAUGAUGUUUAAAAAAUCUCUAUAUAAGAACCUGUAUAUAAGAAAUUUUUAAAAAAUGCAUGCCCUUUUUCUUGCCUUCUCUCUCUCAGGUAGUGGUGGUGAGUAAGAGAGAGAGCAUUUUCUCUCUGGAUAAAACAGAAAAGAAGCUUCCCGCCAUCCUCAUCCUGCAGGUCUGGGACUUUGAGACGCUCUCCUCUGACGACUUCCUGGGUGUGUACUUUAAUGUACCUUUUACUCCAUGUGUGUUUACAUCCAUUAGUAUAGUUGUGCUUAUAGUCUCUGUGUAUGUGAAGGCGCGGUUGAGAUAGACCUGCAUGGAUUCCCUCGAGGCGCAAAGACGGCAAAGGUGUGUAAAAUGGACAUGAUGACAGAAGUGACGGACAAAAUCUCCAUCUUCCAGCAGAAGAGAGCGAGAGGCUGGUGGCCUUUCAGCAAAUCCGGAGAACUGACGGUGUGUACAAGGAGAGACACACAUAUACAAACACUUGUGUCAAGGUUUUGACUGACAGGUGUGCUUUUGGUCUGACCCACAGGGAAAAGUAGAGGCAGAGUUUCAUCUCGUGACGGCCGAAGAGACUGAGAAAAACCCAGUGGGAAAAGCAAGAAAGGAGCCAGAGCCACUUCCAAAACCAAAGUAAGAGCAGAUUUACUGAGAACGCCACAGAGUUAAUGCUUAAUGCAACACAUCCUGUAUUUAUUUAAUAGUGUGAAAUUAAGAAGAGACACUUUAGUAGACACUUUUAGGAAAAAUAAAUACAUUUGGAACGAGGAAAUGUUUUGGAAAACAAAAAAAUUUAAAAACACAGACAUAUUUAAAAAUACGAAAUAAAAUCUGAAACUGUAAAGUAUUUAUAAAACCCCCAUAAUCAAUAAAUAAAACAUAAAAAGACUUUUAAAAAUGCAAAUAAAUUUUGGGAACCAGAAACAUUUCAAAGACCCAAAUAUAUUUAGAAACAAUUAGGAAUAAAAAUAUUGUGAAAACACAAAAAAAAUGUUGUUUUUUUUCCCCCCAAAAGUAAUUUAGUGUUCAAAGUUUAUUUAUUUAAAUGUUUCUGUUUUCAUUAAUUAAUUUUAAUUUGUAUGUAAGUGUAAUAUUUUAUUGUUUUCCAGUGUUAUGUAAUAUUUAUUUAUUGCCCUUCAUGGCCAGUGUAGCUAGGUGCUUAAUAGAGCGAUAAAUUGUCCAAAAAAAUAUGUUGCUACAUUUACAGUUUAAAAAAUGUCUGAUUUGUCUCUUCUCUUCAGUCGUCCAGAUACCUCCUUCUCGUGGUUUGUUAAUCCCUUCAAGUGUUUCUUCCAUCUAAUCUGGAGAAACUACAAGAAGUACAUCAUCGCCGCUCUGGUUCUUCUCAUCCUCACAGUCUUCCUUGUUCUGCUUUUCUACACCAUGCCAGGAGCCAUUUCGAAUAAGAUCAUUAAUGGAUAAAAACACAGGUGCAAAAACACUAAAAAAGCUGAGAUAGACUUAUGCUUAAAAUAACUGAGGGAAUCAGUACUCCGUGUAAAUAGUCAGUAUCCAUUACACAGUUUAAUGAACAUGAGAAAUACUUGUCAGGUACUGUCUUUGUGUCAUUAUCAGGCCGGGUAGAGGAGUGCACUUUAUACACAUUUCAACAUCAUAGGAAAAUGCUCAAAUUACAGUCACCAACACUUAAACCCUUUUAGUCAUUUACUUUAAAGACACAUAUAUUCACACUGAAAAAAUAGCAUGAGUAGUUAUCCACUGUGGCACAGAGUUUAAAUAACACCAUCUGACUGGCUUAUAAAUACAUAAACAGUGAAAAUGUACAGACUCAUAAAUACUGAGACAUACCU